CUCCCGCAUCAUCUCCCUCAUCAUCUUCAUCUUCAGCAAGCACACGCAUCUCUCUCCUCUCUCUCUACUCUCUCUCUGUACUCAACAUUUCUCAACUUUCACUUCUUCUUCCUCCUCUCUCUCUCUCUCUUCACAGCUAUCAUAUUCUCCUCCUGCUGCUGCUGCUGAUGAUGCUUCUCUCUCUCUCUCUCAUCCAUCCAGUAUUAUUUAUUGCAGGCUUAGUGAUGUGGUAACACUCGGCGGCGUGCACGAGUGUGGGUGGGGGGAGGAGGAGGAGGAGGGGGAGGGGGAGGUAGUAGCAUGCAGCAGCAGCAGCAAGGGGGAGGGGGAGGAGGAGGGGGAGCGGUGCAGCAAUUCGGCGUGCAGGCGGCGGCGGCGGAGAUGUCGCCAUUCUCGCCGGCCGGGGGAGGCGGGCAGCGGAUCUCCAUGGCGGAGGCGCCGUCGCCCAUCAGCAGCCGGCCGCCACCGGGGCAGCAGUACGACGAGCUCGGCGCGCCCGGCGGCGUCGGCGGCGGCAGCGCCGGGGGGUUCGACGCCGAGGCGCUGGCGGCUGCGGCGGUCGGCGAGGAGGGCGCCAGCGGCGGCGCGGGGGGCAACCGGUGGCCGCGGCAGGAGACGCUGGCGCUGCUCAAGAUCCGGUCGGACAUGGACGCCGCCUUCCGGGACGCCACCCUCAAGGGCCCGCUCUGGGAGGAGGUCUCCAGGAAGCUGGCGGAGGAGGGCUACCGGAGAAGCGCCAAGAAGUGCAAGGAGAAGUUCGAGAACGUGCACAAAUACUACAAGCGCACCAAGGAGAGCCGCGCCGGCCGCAACGACGGCAAGACGUACCGGUUCUUCACGCAGCUCGAGGCGCUGCACGGCACCGGCUCCGGCGCCGGGGUUGCGGGAGCGGCGGCGGUGGCUCCUGUACCGGUGACGUCGCUCGCCCCGCCGGCGACGGCUGCUGGGGUUUCCGGGGUGGCGGGGCCGUCGGCCGUGCGCGCCCCCGCCGAGCCGCCGCCCGUGGCGCCGGUGGCGAUGAUGGGGAACGUGAUGAGCUUCUCGACGUCCAACACGGAGGAUUACUCUGAUGAGGAGGAUUCCGACGACGAGGGCACGGAGGACAUGGGAGGCGGCGCGGACGAGCGAGGGAAGAGGAAGAGGCUGUCGGAGGGUGGCGCCGCCGCGGGCGGCGGCGGCGGCGGGAGCGGGAAGAUGAUGAAGUUCUUCGAGGGGUUGAUGAAGCAGGUGAUGGAGCGGCAGGAGGCGAUGCAGCAACGCUUCCUGGAGGCCAUCGAGAAGCGGGAGCAGGACCGCAUGAUCCGCGAGGAGGCAUGGCGGCGGCAGGAGAUGGCGCGGCUCUCGCGGGAGCAGGAGAUCCUCGCGCAGGAGCGCGCCAUGGCGGCCUCGCGCGACGCAGCCGUCGUCUCCUUCAUACAGAAGAUCACCGGGCAGACCAUCCCAAUGCCGUCCAUCCCCGCGCCCGCCAUCACCGUCAUGCCUCCGCCGGCGCCGUCGCAGCCGCCUCACCCCGCGCCCAUCGCCUCCGCCGCGCCAGCUGCACCGCCACCAUCGUCGCAGCCACCACCACCACCACCACUGGCAUCAUCCCACUCGCAGCCCCAGCCCUCGCCGCAGACCAAGUCGCCAUUGCCCGCGACGCCGCAGCCUCAACACCACCACCAGCAGCAAAGCAGUAUGGACAUUGUCAUGACGCCCGCAGCCGAGCCGCACGACGCGGCGGGCGGCGGUUCGGGAUACGACGGGUCCGGCGGCGGCGGGCAGCCGUCGUCGUCGCGGUGGCCCAAGGCGGAGGUGCACGCGCUGAUCCAGCUGCGGAGCAACCUGGACAACCGGUACCAGGAGGCCGGGCCGAAGGGCCCGCUCUGGGAGGAGAUCUCCGCCGGCAUGCGGCGGCUGGGCUACAGCCGGAGCUCGAAGAGAUGCAAGGAGAAGUGGGAGAACAUCAACAAGUACUUCAAGAAGGUCAAGGAGAGCAACAAGAAGCGCCCCGAGGACUCCAAGACCUGCCCCUACUUCCACCAGCUCGACGCGCUCUACCGCAACAAGGCGGCGCUCAACUCCUCCGGCGGCGGCGGCGCCGCGCCGGCACUCCCACCGCCGGAGCACGCGGAGGCGGCGGUGACACUGGCGGCGCCGAUCUCGCAGUCACCGCCGCCACAGCUCAUCCAGCCCGUGACCAAGAACGGCACCAGCACAAACGGGAACGGGGGCGGCACGAAAGGCAACGGCGGCGGCGCGUCGUCCGAGGGAGGCGGAGGCGGCUCCGGGGGCAUGCAAACGCAGGCGAGCAACGGCAGCGUCGCCGCCGGCAACAAGUUCUUGAGCGGCGCGGCGGCGAAGAAGCCAGAGGACAUCAUGAAGGAGAUGAUGGAGCAGAGGCAGCCGCAGGCGGAGGCGGCGGCGGCGGCGAACAACGCCUUCGGCCGAACGGACGGCGGCGGCGACAGCGACAACAUGGACGAGGACGACGAGGACGACUACGACGACGAGGAGGACGACGACGAAGACGACGUCGACGGCAACAAAAUGCAGUACGAGAUCCAGUUCCAGAGGCAGCACCAGCACCAGCACCAGCAGCCGCCGCCGCCGCCGCACCGCCACCACCAGAACGUCGUCAGGCCGAACGCCGCGGCCUCCGCGGCCGCCGGCAACCCGCCGGGCACCGCCGCUCCCGGCACGGCGGCCGCUACGACAACAACCGGAUCUUUCUUGGCAAUGGUCCAGUGAUCCAUCCAUCAGACAAACACCCGGUGACUCUCUCUCUCUCUCUCCCCUACACAUGCAUACCUCCCUGAGCGUCAAUGGCAUCUUCUUCUUCCUCCUCCGUCUCUUCUACCAUUUGUAUCUACCUACCUACCUACCUGUCGAUCGCCUCCAUGCUCGUCCAUAUCUCAAACACCUCAAAAACCUAAAACCUCAAGAAUUCUCUUUCUCCGGCAUUUCCUCCAUUGAUUCCUCAUGCAAGCUAAGCAGCUACAUGCAUCUCCAUGCCAGAUCGAAACCGCCAUUUCAAUUCCUCCUAGCUUGCAUGAUGCCCAUCACAGAUCGUCGCUGCAUGCAUGUCCUAGCAAGAGCUUGUACAGUAGCAUCCAUUUCUUGAUUCGUUCUUGUGUUAAUUACAGUGGUCUCUCUCUAGCUAGUGUCAAAAACAAAAAAAAAUUGGUGGUGUGGUAAUUUAUUGAUUUGUUGUGGUAAAUUUAAUAAGGAACCCUCCAUUGGCGAGGGUUCAUGGAGAGGGUUAAAAACAAACUUUGGUGCGGUGAAAAACGAAAUAGGAGAGGAGCGGUAAUAACACCUCGCUCUCGCGGUUAAAAAUGGAAGACAAGGGUAUAUAUGUGCAAAAAUGAUGAUGCCGUUGUUGUGAACUUGUGGUUGUUACACCUCGGUAAAAAAAAUUGUUUGGCUAUGUGUACUACUGCUCGAUCUACUGUGGCAUGUUGCAAGAAAGGCGCGGUGAAAAAAAAAAUUGAAGGUGAAAAAAGAUGUGCUCAUCAAGUGGCAGUGAAACAAGAGAGCUGGUGCUGCUGGUGUAUGCCGGAUUUUUUUUCCUAUUUCUCUCCUCUUUUUUCUUCUUGUAUUUUCUCUCUCUCUCUUUCUUUUACUUUUUAUAUGUUUUCUUUUUGUUUUUUAAUUACCUAAACUGUCCAUUAUGUAUUACCUGAGUUUUUUUUUCCUUUCUUUUCCCAAAAUGUUGUUACCGAAGUUUUACAGUGUAUACUUGCGACAUAUUACAUGUUAAAUUCUUGCUAUUCUUAUACCAGCAUUCUUCUAAGUGUGAUGCUCCUUGUCUACUUUAUUUAUUUAUAGAGAAAUGAAGGAUUGGUGGCAGAUGCAAAGAU